AUGGCGCACUCUCUGUGUAUUGCUCCAAUUUGUUCGUUGAAAUCCCCAAAUAUACCUGGGACAGUUAUCGGUAAUUCGGUUACCCGAAAGGCUUUUGGGAUGAAGGAAGUGUUACAGAGUUCUAAAGUUCCAAACUUUCAGCCUUUGAAGGUUAAGGCUACAGAAGAUAACAGUGAAAGAACAAAAGCUAAGAGCAUUGUUUGUUCUGAUUGUGAGGGAAAUGGUGCAAUAUUAUGUACUCAAUGCAAAGGUACUGGCGUUAAUUCUGUAGAUCACUUCAACGGACAAUUUAAAGCCGGUGGAUUGUGUUGGUUAUGCAGGGGUAAAAAGGAUAUCUUGUGUGGAUCUUGUAAUGGAGCUGGCUUUCUUGGUGGAUUCAUGAGCACAUUUGAUGAUUAA